AUGUUCGACGUAGACUGGCUCAGUCUCGCCGUCCCACUCGCCUACCUGGGCAUUCUCUUGGGAUCACUCGCCACAUUCUCCUCUCUAUAUCGCAAGCGCAAGGCCCACAAGGCCGCAUCUCUAGAACCAUGGUUCUCCGCCCACCUCCAGCGCGACAUCUACUUCUCCCUCCUUCACAUCGAACCGUCAUCCAAUGAAAAGAAGAUCCCCGAUUCCAUCUUCAAAGCUUCUCUCCUCCGCCGCGCCGCGGAAGAUAUCCGUCGCAUCAUGGCGCUGCGCAGUCAAAAGCAGGCUCUCGCCAUGUUGCUGCAGCGUGGCAGUGUCGGAGACGACCUGUGGCAGCGAUUCCAGCGCGCCGAAAAGGAAAUGGAAGAUGAGGUUAAGGAUGUUGUGUCAGAGGCAAACGCAUACGUCCCCGGCUGGGGCCAAACGAUCUUCCAAUCCGCGAACGAGAUGAUGAACAAUGAAAUGUACCGCAAGCGUAUGGAGGAGCAGGCCUCCAAGGUCGAAGAGGAGCGCAAGUGGUGGGAUAAGAAGAAGACCAGCAUUCAGGAGGGAUUCAUGAAGGAGCUGGAGGAGGACUCGUCUGCUACUAAGACUACUGCCACACCAGUUACUUCAACAACCACCAAGGACGCCGAAACCCCAUCUACAACUUCUCCGGCCCCCGGUGCUUCGGUCCAGGGCAGCGAUGAUGAUGCUGUUCUCGUGGAAGCGGAGGCUGCGUCAAGCACUCCUAAUUCCCCGGCAAACAAGAAGAAGAAGGGCAAGGGCAAGAAAUAG